UCCUUAAAGGUUGAUUCGUGCCUCCAGGAGUGUAUAAUUCGGUGCGAUCGGAUCCUUUGACACGCAACCUCCCAGGAUUAGACUAUAGCGUCUACCUUCUUUAAGGAUGCACUUCCAGUAACGAAUAGUAAUAGAACAACCUUUUGAUUUAAGACGUUGAGGGACUUUUAAAAUAUCUUGUAUAGAAGGAGCUAAUAAUAUAGCAUGGCUUUAGGCCAUAAAACAAGUGUUUGAUGAAUGACCUGGAGACCUCGCUGGGCUCCGCAUUCAGCUCCGAGCCCAUCACGCCGAGCCCGGGCCCGUUAAUCGUGGUGAUCAGCGGGCCCAGCGGGGUCGGCAAGGACGCCGUCAUCAAACGGCUGAGAGAGGUCCGUCAAAACCUUCACUUCGUCGUCACUGCCACGAGCCGGGCCAGGCGACCCGGCGAGGUCGACGGCGAGGACUACUACUUCGUGUCCAAGGAAGAGUUCCUCAGAAUGGUGCAGAACGACGAGUUGUUGGAGUACGCACUGGUGUACGGCGAGUACAAGGGGAUUCCGAGGCGGCAGGUGCGGGAGUACAUGGCGAGGGGGUGCGACGUCGUUUUGAGAGUGGAUAUCCAGGGCGCCAGAACGCUGAGGAGGAUUUUGGGGAACUCGGCGGUGUUCGUGUUCGUGAUGGCGGAAAGCGAGGCGGCGAUGGUUGAGAGGCUGGUGGAGAGGCGGACGGAGAGCCGGGAGGAGCUGCUGGUUCGGAUCGCCACGGCGAGAGAGGAGGUGACACACGUGAGGAACUUCGACUACGUGGUGGUGAACAGGGACGGGGAGCUCGAGAGGGCGGUGCGGCUUGUGGAGGCGAUCAUCGACGCCGAGAAGGCGAAGGUGCGGCAGCGUGGCGCUGUGAUAUAGCGGCGAGGUAGAAUGAUUAUGGCUGUAUGAAGAGGAACUUGCAAAUUCAGUGGCUGGCAUGGGAAUUAAAUUUUAAUUUUUUUUAUUAUUUGGCUUUGGUGGCUUAGUAUGAUAGUUGUGCAAGUCUCAAUCAUGAGAAGAAGCCAAAAAUGGAGAGGAGAAAUGGAUGAUUUAUUCCCCAAUGUUAAUCAAAUAUGAAUAUUCCUUUAUAUUGAGAAAAAAAAAAGGAGGAAAUUUUCAUUUUAGAUGUUUUCAGUUUCAUUAUGGUACGAGUACAAGUAGGAGAAGCUUUUGAAAGGUGCAAGAGAUUUUAUGUGACAAUUUGAUAUUGCACCUAUUUGCAAGAACUUGUUACAACCCAUUGU